AGUUUAUGCAGCUAGACUGUAAUGUUGGGCUGAGUACCAUGCUUUAGAGGAAAGGAAAAAUUAUAGUUUCUGGAGAGGACGGCAAGAACCAGAUCGACACGUGACAGGGCAGCUUGGUCGCAGAUUAGCUUUACUCCCCCCGACCGGGAACGGUAGUUAAAGUAAGAUCUCCCUCGGCACAUCAUCUCAAAGACAGUUUGGCUGGGUUAAGGUGAUGAACAAUGAGCUAUCACUGGGUCCAGUGGAGCAGCGCAUCAUAAUAGUGGGAUUUUUGCUGCAGCUUGCGGCGGGAACAUCCCAUUUCAAGUGGAGAUGAAGGAGUCUAAAUCCGGACAGGUCACAGCUGGUUGGAACCACUGUUCCCUCCGUUGAGUGCGUAAUAAGAUCCAUACACUUGAAGGGAGAUUGAAUCGUGAGGAGUGGCGCCUUCGGUACAACGUCAUUAGCCGUCAGUCGCUGCUUAUUCAUUCAAGAGCUAACAAUUGUCGCACUCCUCUAUCAUCGCUCUCCCCGAUUCCUCAGACGGUGUCUGUUUCACGCUUUCUAGGCUUGUAUUGAUCGCAAUUUCACUGUUCGGGUGGGUGUCACUAUCUAGUGUAUCAAUACACCAUCAUUCUCUUGCAGCUAUGGUUUCUACGCGACACCAUCCCCGCGACUUUCCGCCUCCAUCAACGGGAAAGGCUUCCUCACCAUCUCACAACGAUGGCGCUACGAACCGAUAUGCACACGCCCCGUCGACUGCCAUUAUCAUUUGGCUUGUCUUGUCAGUCCCGCUAGUUAUCUGGGAUGCAGGCUAUGUAUUGCUCCGGCCGCAUAGCAUGCCAGGCAACAAAUUCCACUCCCCUAUUUGGAUUCCUUAUGCGCAGUAUGGAGCCAUUGACUAUCUCUACGGCUGGCCGGCGUUCAACGCUCGGAACGGGUUCCCAGCAGCACAGACGGUCUUGAACCUUGUGGAAUGUGUCGGGUACAUCUAUUACCUCUGGAUCGUGUAUAGGCACGGAGUCUCCGCGUCGGGCGGUCGCGGGCAGCGCAAAGCCAAAAAGGGGCUUAUUUGGAUGCUGAGAACCGAGAAGGUGGUCUCUGGCCGAACUGGAGCCACUGCCCUUUUAGUCGCGUACAGCGCAUCCCUGGCGACUCUCAGCAAGACUGUCCUCUACUGGCUGAACGAGGCUUUCUCUGGCUUUGAUAACAUUGGACAUAACGAUGCUGUAACUCUGAUAUUCCUGUGGAUUAUACCAAACGGUCUUUGGAUUGUUUUCCCUGGCUACAAUAUGUAUACUUUGGGCGCAGAGAUCGUGGCUUCCCUUGACAGCGCCGUGCCACGGCCGCGUGCUGGGCGCCCUAGGUCGUAGUAGGAUCCGUUGCCGGAACGGCAUUUAUGCGGGGGACUGUUACAUGGCAUGCCACGCGUGGAACAUGAACCGCAGCCGAACGAAGCAUCUUG